GCGACCGACAAAAUCGAGGGCUUAAUUGAUGCCUCUAAGGCGCGCCCAUCUUUGCUUUACUUAAAUCUCAAUAAAUAUUGUACUUUGCAUCUACGGGUACCUCUGUCUGUGUCUGUUUGUGUAUAUGUGCGCGCGGCGCAUAUCUGCGGAUCAGAGGAGAGGAUAGCACAAAGAUAUCGCAAGAUCUAGUCCGCAACAAACACACCUAAUCAGGCUUACGGAACGCCCCAAACAGGCGAUACAGAACCCUCAAGAUGCCUGCAGAAAUCAAGAGGCAAUUUAGGAUCAUUACUGAGCAGCACAUCCUUCCAGAUGUCCCCCAAGAAGUGGAGGGCUUCCCUAUGCGCGCAUGGUCGGUCGAGAUCCACAUGCUUGAUGAUAAUGGCAACCUCGUUCCAGCCUCCGUUUUUGAGAAAGUCACCUACGAGCUCCAUCCAACUUUCCCCAAGCCAAAACAACCGUUCAAGAAGCCCCCAUUCAGAAUCGACGAGCGUGGAUGGGGUGAGUUCGAUAUGAUAUUGAGAUGUGUACUAGUGGGCCGUGGACCGAUUGCGGAUAGAGAGUAUCCAAUUAGUCAUGAUUUGAACUUCCAGAGUGAGCGCUACGAGGCAACACAUACUCUGACCUUCCGAAAUCCAAAACCGGAGUUACUUGCAGUGCUUGAACAACUCGGGGUCAGUGUCGAGAAUGGAGUCAAGAAAGGUUCCUCUGGCGGCAGUGCUGCUGCUCAAAAGAAGAGCCGUAAGGAGAAGAACGUAGACAUGGAGAAGUUAGCAGACGGGCUGCAGAAGCUCAGUGAAGACGACCUUUUGCACGUGGUCCAGCUUGUCCACGAUAACAAAACUGCUGAUACCUACACGAAGAAUGAUGUGGAGAAUGGCGAGUUUCAUGUGGACUUGUACACUUUGCCGGACUCGCUGGUCAAGCAGCUGUGGGACUUCACGUCCAGCAAAGUCGAUAUGUGAGCAGGAGAUAUCAUAAUAGAAGGUAUAGAUAUCGCACGAUGUCGGCAGUCCUCGGUGUAUAGCCGCAAGGGAAAUUUUGAUCUCUGUGCCGAAUAUUAUGAGCAUAUCGGCGGAACGCGGAUCAAGGCGAACCGAAAAGGCCGACAAAGAUGGAUGACGGACGAAGUAUCGUGGAGUGUGAAUGUUUUGAGGAUUCAAUGCAAAAUUUCUGCGGCUCAUAUGACGCUUCUCUAAAAUACCCACACAAAUUUAUGACGUCUUUUAAAGCAUGGCCAUCUAAUGUUUAGGAUCGGUCAAAGAGGAACGAUACCUCACAAUUUCAAAACACUUCAAGCUUAUUUUUAAGAAGCAUAAAGCGAAUAUCAUGUGGCGAAGUAAACCGUUACAUGUUGCAGCUGAGAUUUAUAUGGUAUCUUUACUUUCUUGAAUGUUUCGACAUUGCAAAUAUUCUUGUUUGAAAGAACUCCACAGAGAGAUAUGAAGCAUGUCUAAAAUCCCAACAGA